UUGAAAUGGCGGAAAAAGAGAAUGUGUUGAAGCUUAUGCCGGCCUAGAGUUUCAAGAAUGAAGAAAAAAGUUUUAGGACAGGAUAACAAGAGGGUGCAGACUUCAAAAGGGGCUUUCGAAAAUUUUACCUUCCCAAUUAUAAAUUAGGGAUGUGUUGGAAGCCUUAGAUCAGUAGAAGAAUUACUGAGAAAAUUUCAGGGGAUACCAACGAGAGAAAGGAAGGAUAUUAACAUAUUUUUCUUUUCCUUUGACAGAAUUGCGGAGCUCAGCAUAGAAAUAAGAUAUUUUGAUCGCCAAAAACAAAAGGCCAACCUGAAAUUUUUUACACCUCCGGUACAAAGAACAGCCACAAACAACCUCGAGUCGCGUACCUCUGCAGCCUAGCCGUCGUACCAAACCGGCUACAAGUCAUCUAUAAAUUACGUUUACGCUAAAUUUAAUCUUAAAUUUCCCUUUAACAGAUUUUUCUAAAUAUCGGCCCCAUACAAAAGAAAGCCAUGGAGUGUGCCGCGAAGGGAAGUGCUGACUCUUGCGUCCCCGGCCCGCCUAAGAGGCGCUGCGGCAACUGCGGGGCCGUCGCAUACUGUUCGUUAACUCACCAGAAGAUGCAUUGGAAUGAUCACAAAGAAGAGUGUGCAAGAUUCGAACAACAAAUGCAGCGUGCUGUCCUUUUGAGCGAUUUGCCAUUUACAUUUUCUAAAAGCUCGGGAUCAGUGGUAUUUGAAAGGCAAUUGACAAGAUGCUCGUUUUUGGCCUCAAGUGGUCUCCAUCGUAAGGCAUUGUGGAAAUUCGAAUGCAGUUGUUGGGCUGUGGCAGCCUCCGAUAAUAAUUCAAGGCUUAAUGAUGGAUGGGACCUUCCAAGUUCUUUAUGCCCUUGCAGUGAACCAAGAAGCUGUAUUUCAACUUGCCUACAAAGUUGGGAGGAUUAUUACCGGUGGAGAGGCCUGCCAUUUAAUUCACCAGCCGCUAUGUUACUUCACUGGUUUUCGCAUAUGCCUAAAUACAGCCACUUACAAUCUUUCACUGCUUUCAACUUUGUGCUUCCCAAAGCUUGAUUUCAGCGACUUUGGACAAGCUGUACAUACAUUAUUUAGGUAAUGCUAAUCUAUACUCGAGC